GCAGAACCUUGGUAGAUUUUCUUCGAUCCGUCGGCUCAAAAAACACUGUAACCGAAAUAAAAUGUAUGAAACUUAAAAUAAGUACAAUAGGUAGUUCCAGUUGAAUAAUUAAUAUUCAUUUUUAUUAUUACGACGCUGCCUUUCGUUAAAACACUUUUUAUUUUUAUUAGAACACUAGUUCAAAUAAACCGCCAAUAAUGCCGCUGCCGUAACCCGUUCAAGUUUCCGUUUCUCCCGCUAGAGGCGCUAGCGCAACACAAUUACACCACGCCCAUUCAUUCAUCGUAUGGUGGGUUUUGGGCUUAGUGGUGAGGCUUGCGCUUGUUGAUUUUAAAUCAUAGACUAUAGAGUGCGUUACUACGUUGUGUGUAUUGAAGCCGUUACAAGAUUCACUAUCUGUGAAGUGUGAGAAGUCGGCAAGUGAACGGGGCAGGGCGUAGGCAUUUAGCGAUGAAAUCAAAAACUUCUAUCUACUGUUUCCUAUAAAACAUACUGUAAUGAUAUAUUGAUACUAAAGUUUUGUUUUAGUUAGGUGGUUGUGACAUUAAACUAGUACCGCAUAUUGUUGAAAGUUUGCAGGUCGACGCUAGCUUGUUACAGAAACAAUGAAGAACAGAAGUUUGGCCGGCAAUUGUGGCAUUGGAGUGUUUGUCAUUGCCCUUGUGACGGUGGCAUUGGCAUUCGGCACGCCGAACUGGCUGGUUAGUGACUACAGGAUAAGGGGUUCCAGGCUGGACAAAUUAGGCUUAUGGAGUCAUUGCUUUAGGUCGCUCCCCGAUCCGUAUGACCAAUACCAAAGACGAUUCUUUGUGGGAUGCCGCUGGGUGUACGACCCGUUUACUACGGGUUACGAUAGAAUACGAGGUUUUUUAUUGCCAGGUUUCAUGAUCGCAACUCAGUUUUUCUUCACACUAUGUCUCCUUGGUGUACUGAUAUCGACCAUCCUGGUGCUGAUAUUCUUCCUCUGUUGCGGACCUGAUCAAAACCGAUUCGUGACCUUAAUCAGGACGAUAGGAUACAUCAUGUUGGGUUCAGGUAUCUGCGGAGUAAUCGCAGUUAUUGUGUUUGCGUCGCUGGGCAAUGCUGAUGGGUGGAUGCCGAACCAUGAAAAUAACUAUUUAGGUUGGUCAUUCGGCUUGGGAGUGGUCGGCGCCGUCAGCUGUCUCAUCACGGCGGCGCUCUUCUUGACGGAGGCCAACAUCCAGCACAAAAAGCGAAACAAGCUCAAGGAAUCGCAAGCCCAGUUCGAAAUGGAACAGGAUUCCAAAGCAUAACAACAAACUCAAUCUCCGUCCUGUCAUUAUAGAUACUAAUCUCACAAGUUUUAUCAUUUAUUUUGGCAUCUUAAAAGUCUUUAAAUGGACUAGAAAUCUCGCUAAACGCACAUUUACCAGUGCAAAUCUAAUAGGCUAUAAGUUUUAUUCAAGACAUGUAAUCAUAGACUGAUUUUCAUUUCCAUGUUUUAAAAUUAUUAUUAAUUUAACUUUCACAUGUGCCUUUAAAUGUUUGUUAUAAGUAUAACUAUUCAUGUAGAAUAGGUUGAGGCGAGUGAUAAUUUGUAUAGGUACCCGUCCAAUAUACCAACGCAUUUCUAUGUAAGUAUCCGUCCAUGGUAGUAAAUAUAAUUAUAUAGUAGAGAUAAGAAGCUUUUAUAUCAUUUACUUCACAUAAGUCUUAACAUGUAGAUAACAAUGAAAUGUGAAUAUGUUGAUUAACACACUUUCGACAUAGAUUUUAUGUUUUAUAUUAUUCUCAUUAUAUUUAAAUGUAAAGCCUGGUAACAUACAUCAGGGCAGCUACAGCUGAACUCGCCACGAAAAUCGAAUUUCGAAGAUCGUCUUAUCUGUGUUGUCGAAAAUUGUAACGGUGAAAGAGAUGGACAUAGAUAAUCUUUUGCCCCACAGGUUCUUGCCAACUUUAAUUCAAAAAUUUCGUUGAUUAAUCAGUUAGUGCCUUCAAGCACAGUUUCCACAUUGACCCAGAGGUGAAAUCCUGAAGUAUGCCCCCAAGCUAAGAGUAUGGCUUUAUAGUCGUUCGAUUUGAAGCUGGCCCGAAGCGGCUAAUCUUUUGUCUAAUUGUUAACUAAAACCGCGCGUGCCACUACCUGCAAAAAAAGGGUCGUAUAAUUCUAAUUGGCACGUGAGCGCGAGCUAGUCCAAAGCUCAAAAAACCAGCGUAGGUGUGCUCUCCGAUAACGCGCGUUACGCAUAUCGAGGACACAUUUUAGACUGGUUCCGUAGCGUUCGACUCGCUGGCACUCAGUAACCGAAUAGGGAUCACACAAGAAAACGCAAAUUAUUUUUCCAUUUCUUCAUUUUGAAUCUUAUUUCAAUUACCAUAGGAGUUGUAAUUAAAUAACCGGUUAAAGUGACCGGGCUCUUUUUUUAGUUAACAAUAGACAAAGGAUAAGCCGUGGGGGCCAGCUACAAAUCUAACGACUAUAAUCCAUUGGGUAUUUAACUAUUAUAAUGAACCAAUGACGUGCCGUCCAUUUUAAAUGCGAUAUUUUAUAUAUCUAAAAAAACUGGUUUUAAUUUUACUGAAGGUUUUCUUUAAUUUCUUUUACGGCCUUACGAUCAGAUACAGUAUACAUUUUACAAUAAGUAUUGAAAUAAAAUAUUUGUACGUAA